AUGGUCUCGCCGCGGCGGUCAGGCCGCACUCCCGCCGAUCGCAACUCGACAUGGCACAACAAAUUGUCACCCCGCCAGAAGUCGCCCUCUCCCACAAACCUCUCCGACGACACCAUGCACCCUCAUUCAGGCUCCUUGAACUCUCCCGAAGAGUCUCGCCAGACCCGCAGAGCUACGAGAGCUCAGCACACACACCCCGACGACGUCGAUCAACAGAGCCAGCUCAAUGACGCAGACCCCGAUGCCGACGGCGACGACGAGAUAACCCGCUGCGUCUGUGGUCUGCAAGACUACCCAGGCCCGCCUCUUACCGAUGACUUUCCUACCAUCACAGAUCCCUCACAAGCCGAAGAUGCUGGCGGCCUGUUCAUCCAGUGCGACAAGUGCCACGUCUGGCAGCACGGUGGCUGCGUCGGCAUCAUGGACGAAACGAAGAGUCCCGACAACUACUUUUGCGAGCUCUGCGACAAGAAGCUACACAAUGUCUUGACUGAUUCUAAAGGACAACGUUACUCGCGCUACCUACCUGUCAUGAAGCCUGAACCCAAGAGUGCUCGAAAAGCCUCCCUCACAAAAGAAUCGGAGUCCGCAAAGGCCCGUCGAGAGCAGCGAGAAAGCCAAAACAGAGCCAGUGUUGAAUCCUCAACAGGCAAGAGGAGGUCUACUAUGAACAGCCGCCAGGCCUAUGACGACGAAGAGACAUUACGCCGAAUCAUCGAAGAGACAAAGGACGAUGGCGAGUCAACCCCAGCAGUGCGCAAGGGCAAGCGCGGACGAGACGACAGCGAAGAGUCAGUGAAGAAUCUGCUCAUCACAACAAAUAACCAUCUAACAAGUCUCGACAGCUCUAGACACGAAAUUAAGCGCCAACGAACGGGCUCAGAAUCUCCCAACCCUCCGUCAACGCUCAACACAGGCUCGCUAGACGCAGACUCAGAUGACGACGGCAUACACCCCAAGUCGAAUAAGAAAGCACGAAGCGCAGCUGCCGAGGUCCUGCGACAAAGAGAAGCUAGAGAACGAGAACGUAUGCGUGACGAGAAGCGCAAAGAGGCCGCUGGAAGGCGUAGCGAAAGAGCUGGACGAAGGAGAGCAGAUGAGUCAGACCCACUUGACGAGACACCGAAACCCAUGGGCACACCCAACUUGCCUGCAUCACAACCUCCCAGUCCACCUGGUUCAGCGCCGCCGAUGGCCCCAGGAAGCUCACACAAGAAGGGCACAGCCAAGAAGCAGAAACGACUAGGCCGCAACCAAUACACAGCUGCGAAAGCCACUUCGCAUCCCGCAGAAGCUGCUUCAGUCAACCCCAAUGGCAGCAGUGGCGACGACCCGACAACCAACAGCACAUCCGACUCCAAAAACAGCCCAAGCAGCAACAACGAAACUCCCGCCGUAGCAACAUCCGCCCCUCCUCCCACAAAACCCAAAGGCAAAUGGGGCGGCGGAAGAGCCAAAAACCCACGACAAGCCGCCAUCCAACAAGAAGCCGAGAUUGCCGCGACAAAAGACACGCGCGACACAAAGAGUCAAAUGACCAUAACCGACAUGAAGAAACGCACAGGCAUGAUGAUGGACUACAUUGCAAAAGCACAGGUGGAUAUGGCGGGCGAUCGUACACCAUUAAACACCAUCUCGAUCCCACAAGAAGCCGACAAGUCUGCAGAGUUCAAAGAGCUCAGCAGUAGGGAAAUGAUGGAUGUCUUGACUAGACAUAUCAUGACAUGGCAAAAGGAGUAUGCUAACGAGGCUGCUUCUACGACUGCCUCUUCUCUUGUCGCAUGA